GAUUAAUUGCCAGACCCACACUCUCUCUUACUCCUCUUUUCUCUCUCUACAAAUCUGCUCACUCUCGGCAGCUUCGCUGUCGUUUUCUUCUGUCACACUCCAUUUUUUAAUCUGCUCAUUUUCAUCAUUAGUUGAUAAUUGUAGCAUUGAUUUUCAGUAAUAAUAGCUGAACCCAUACUCUUCUAUAUAUUCAACGUACUUGUAAUAUCUCUCUAGAGAGAGUAAAUAGGAGAGAGGGAGACCGACAGCUGCUGGUUCGUCUCACUCUAUCCUCCUCCAUUUUCCGCAUCUGCGUUCCUGUCCCUCAUCUUGUAUCUGUGAAUGAUCUGGUGGAUUGUUGAUCGAGUGUGUUUAAUUGAUUACGUUAGAGAUUUUGUUCUGUAUCUCAGUGCCGGAGAUUGCGGUAGCCUUCGACUGUGAGGCGUGGGGGCAUUUUAGAGGUUCUGCGAAUGUUAAAAUCUGAGUGAAGCUCGUAUCUAGCUGACAGUGAAUCAAUCGAUCUCAUCGAAGCUAAGUGGCAAUGGAAUCUGAAGCAGCGACCAAGGGGAAGACCUUGAAGAACAUGGGAAGUCAGGUCUGUCAGAUAUGUGGUGAUGAUGUGGGCUUGACUGUUGAUGGUGAACCUUUUGUUGCUUGCAAUGUCUGCGCAUUUCCUGUUUGCAGGCCUUGCUAUGAAUAUGAGAGGAAGGACGGUAAUCAGUCUUGCCCUCAAUGCAAAACCAGAUACAAGAGACAUAAAGGAAGUCCUGCAAUUCGUGGUGAUGGAGAGGAGGAUGGUGCUGCUGAUGAUGAUGCAAGUGAUCACCAUUUCUCUGAGAAUCAAAACGAGAAGCAGAAGAAUUCAGAGCGUAUGUUGAGUUGGCACAUGACUUAUGGGAGAGGGGAAGAUGUUGGGGCACCAAAGUACGAUAAGGAGGUCUCUCAUACCCACAUUCCUUUGCUAACAAAUGGAACGGAUGUUUCUGGAGAACUGUCUGCUGCAUCUCCUGGACGUCUUUCUAUGGCAUCUCCUCCACCUGGUGUUACUGGAAAACCAAGGAUUGUGGAUCCAGUGAGGGAUUUUGGCUCCCCUGGCUUAGGCAAUGUUGCCUGGAAAGAGAGAGUUGAUGGCUGGAAGAUGAAGCAGGAAAAGCCUGUUGUUCCAAUGACUGCCAGCCAUCCUCCUUCAGAAAGAGGAGCUGGAGAUAUAGAUGCAAGCACAGAUGUGCUUGUGGAUGACUCUCUGUUGAGUGAUGAAGCAAGACAGCCCUUAUCAAGGAAGGUUUCUGUUCCAUCAUCAAGGAUAAAUCCUUAUAGGAUGGUUAUUGUGCUGCGGCUUGUGAUUCUUUGCAUCUUUUUACACUAUAGAAUAACCAAUCCUGUACCAAAUGCAUUUGCUUUGUGGUUAAUCUCUGUGAUCUGUGAGAUCUGGUUUGCAAUAUCAUGGAUUUUGGAUCAGUUCCCAAAAUGGCUUCCAGUAAAUCGUGAAACAUAUCUUGACAGGCUUGCUCUUAGAUAUGACCGCGAAGGAGAGCCAUCACAAUUAGCUGCUGUUGACAUAUUUGUCAGUACUGUUGAUCCUUUGAAGGAGCCUCCUCUGGUUACAGCUAAUACUGUCUUGUCCAUUCUUUCGGUGGACUAUCCUGUGGACAAAGUCUCAUGCUAUGUUUCUGAUGAUGGUGCCGCCAUGCUGACAUUUGAAGCUCUGUCAGAAACAUCAGAAUUUGCAAGAAAAUGGGUUCCUUUCUGCAAGAAGUACAAUAUUGAGCCUCGGGCUCCAGAAUGGUAUUUUGCUCAGAAGAUUGACUACUUAAAAGAUAAAGUUCAGCCAUCCUUUGUAAAAGAUCGUAGAGCUAUGAAGAGAGAAUAUGAAGAGUUCAAAAUUCGUAUAAAUGCACUCGUUGCUAAAGCCCAAAAAGUUCCUGAAGAAGGUUGGAUCAUGCAAGAUGGCACACCAUGGCCAGGAAAUAAUACAAGGGACCAUCCAGGAAUGAUCCAGGUUUUCCUGGGCCAAAGUGGAGGCCUUGAUAGCGAGGGUAAUGAGCUGCCGCGGUUAGUGUAUGUUUCUCGUGAGAAGCGUCCAGGUUUCCAGCAUCACAAGAAAGCUGGUGCCAUGAAUGCACUUGUUCGGGUGUCAGCAGUUCUUACUAAUGGACCUUUCUUGUUGAAUCUUGAUUGUGAUCACUACAUAAACAACAGCAAGGCCUUACGUGAAGCAAUGUGCUUUUUAAUGGAUCCAAAUCUAGGGAAAUAUGUGUGCUAUGUUCAAUUUCCACAGAGAUUUGAUGGUAUAGAUAGGAGUGAUCGAUAUGCCAACCGCAAUACUGUCUUCUUUGAUAUUAACUUGAGAGGUUUGGAUGGAAUUCAAGGCCCUGUAUAUGUGGGAACUGGAUGUGUCUUUAAUAGAACAGCUUUGUAUGGUUAUGAGCCUCCUCACAAACCUAAGCAUAAGAAACCUGGCUUCCUCUCGUCCUGUUUUGGUGGGUCAAGGAAAAAAAGUUCUAAAUCAAGUAAGAAGGGGUCAGAUAAAAAGAAAUCUAGCAAGCACGUUGAUCCCACUGUUCCUAUUUUCAGCUUGGAGGAUAUAGAGGAGGGUGUUGAAGGUGCUGGAUUUGAUGAUGAGAAGUCAUUGCUCAUGUCCCAGAUGAGCCUUGAGAAAAGAUUUGGCCAGUCUGCAGUUUUCGUUGCAUCUACACUAAUGGAGAAUGGUGGUGUGCCUCAAUCUGCCACACCAGAGACUCUCCUGAAAGAGGCCAUUCAUGUUAUAAGUUGUGGUUAUGAAGAUAAGACAGAAUGGGGAAGUGAGAUAGGAUGGAUUUAUGGUUCCGUCACAGAAGAUAUUCUUACCGGAUUUAAGAUGCAUGCUCGUGGCUGGCGAUCUAUUUACUGUAUGCCUCCAAGACCAGCCUUCAAGGGGUCUGCUCCAAUCAAUCUUUCUGAUCGUCUAAACCAAGUGCUUCGAUGGGCCUUGGGAUCUGUGGAAAUUUUAUUUAGCAGGCAUUGUCCGAUAUGGUAUGGCUAUGGUGGAAGAUUAAAAUGGCUUGAGAGAUUUGCAUAUGUCAACACAACAAUUUACCCAAUCACUGCCAUUCCUCUUCUGCUUUAUUGUACAUUGCCAGCUGUCUGCUUACUCACAGGGAAGUUCAUUAUUCCUCAGAUUAGUAACCUUGCUAGUAUCUGGUUUCUAUCACUCUUUCUCUCCAUCUUCGCAACUGGUAUACUGGAGAUGAGAUGGAGUGGGGUUGGAAUUGAUGAAUGGUGGAGGAAUGAGCAGUUUUGGGUCAUUGGAGGUGUCUCUUCUCAUCUCUUUGCUGUCUUCCAAGGAUUGCUCAAAGUUCUGGCUGGAAUAGAUACCAACUUCACUGUCACGUCUAAGGCCUCCGACGAAGAUGGAGAUUUUGCUGAGCUCUACAUGUUCAAAUGGACAACUCUUCUAAUACCACCAACGACUCUCCUCAUCAUAAACUUGGUAGGUGUUGUUGCUGGAAUUUCAUAUGCUAUCAACAGCGGAUACCAAUCGUGGGGCCCCCUCUUUGGGAAACUAUUCUUUGCCUUCUGGGUGAUUGUUCAUCUCUACCCUUUCCUCAAAGGUCUUAUGGGUCGCCAAAACCGCACACCCACUAUUGUGGUCGUUUGGUCCAUUCUUCUAGCUUCAAUCUUUUCAUUGUUAUGGGUGCGAGUUGAUCCAUUCACCACAAGAGUCACAGGCCCAGAUGUUGAACAGUGUGGAAUUAACUGCUAGUGUGGACAUGAUAUCUAUUCGAACAUUCGCCUCAGAGGCCUCCAAAGAAGCCUAAGUCCUAAAGGUAGUGAUGUGAUAAAUCACAUUUCUAUAUUCUGCUCACAUCUUGGUGUACUUUUUUUGUCCAUGUGAAGUUUCGGUUUUGUGCACAGAUAUAUAAGUUCUUCUGAGAGGGGUAAUUAUGAAAACAAAGAUGAUCAUAUUACAUCUUCCAAAGAGUCUUGGGAGAAGUCUCUGUAACUUAUGAGUAAACACUUGUCAUACUGUAAUGAAGUUCAGUCCGUCCAUUCGUUCAUUUAAUACACUACGUUUGUAAUAGUAUAGAACAGUUAACGGUUGGCA